AUGAGAUUUUUCACCACCCUUGCUUCCGUCCUCGUGAGCGCAGCCGCUUUUCGGGCCGUUUCCGCCCAUGACGACCACGACAUGACGGCUGAAGAGCUCGUUGAAUACCGCCGAAACUUUGCGGUUAGCACGCGCGAACUCCACACGCGAUGCGGCUCCCAAAUCGCCGCCCGUCGCGCAAAGCGUCAUGCGGAGCGCCGUCGUGCUGCCGGAGCGCUCGGCAAGCGCGCCAUCCUUCCGCGCGAUGACGGCCUGGUUGGCAACAACGCGUCUUGCCAGCUCACGCCCGAGGUGACACAGGGCCCGUAUCAUAUCCUCGGCGAGCUAGUCCGUCAGAACAUCACGCAGGGCCAGGGCGGAGUGCCUCUCCAAGUUGAGGCCGACUUCGUGGACUACGAGACCUGCGAACCGGUCAUUGCUUGGAUUGACGCCUGGCACGCCAACGCAACCGGCUAUUACUCCGGAUACAUCGCAGAGACCGGAUCUGCGCUCUCAGGCGGCGGAGGGUUCUCAGGAGCAGGAGGCUCGGGCCCUGGCGGCGACAACUCGUCCAUGUCUAUCACCGGCAGCAUGUCCAUGAUGCCAACCGCUACCGGCGGCAAUGCUUCGACCACCACAUCAGCCUCGUAUGACUACACAUCCGGAGCCGAUUCCACCUCUGCCGGUUCCAUGUUGGAUACGGAUGUUGACGACGAGGAGAACUUCUUGCGCGGCGCGUUCUACACGGACCCGAACGGCCACUUGACGAUGUACAGCAUCGUUCCGGGAUGGUAUAGUGGCCGCGCGCCCCACUUCCAUAUCAAGGUUUAUCCCGAGGGUUAUCUCGCCGACAACGGAUCGUUCUUCGCGAAUGGCAGCGCCGUGCACACUGGCCAGUUCUUCUUCGACAUGGAUUUCUACGCGGAGGUCGCAGCGCUGUCGCCGUACAGCUCGAACUCGAUUUCGUGGGAGAACGCGACGAAGAACGCGGACGACCAGUGGUACCCUUACCAGUCAGCAGAGGACUAUAACGCCGACAUGGAAAUAACGUACAUCGGCGAGACGCUCCAGGAGGGUGUUAUCGGCGAGAUCGUCGUCGGAUUAAACAUGUCCUGGCAAAGCCCUCAGCUUUCUACCCAAUGGUGGGUCAACAACAGCACCGAUAGCGACUAA